UCUCCGCGUGGCUAUAUAAACAUGGCUGGCGUGGCCGCGCGGUGGGGCCGUGGCGAGCGCGCGUAGGGGGCUUUGAGGUGCUCUGGGUUUGUAGUUUUGAAAUUUCUGGCGGGGGAACCGCGGCGCAGAGUUUUGCUGGGAGGUGGGAGCCGAAGUGACGCUCUUCCGGCAGCCGCGCAGCUGGGCUCUGCUGCAGCGGGACCCGAGGCUGAGGCGCCGGGCUGAGCCGGCGCACGUGUGAGCGCCGCUGAGGAAGCGGCGAGCGGCCGGGCAGGUGUUGCUGCCGCCGGGGCCGCGCGGACGCGAGGAAGGUCCAGGACGCGUGGGUCCCUCUGCCCAGCCCGCGCCCGUCACUGACUUGUGUGUCGCGGCCCCUGCACCUCUCCCUAGCGAUGCUGUGGGGCCGGAACUGCACUGGAAUCGGCUGCUGCUUGUCAAGCCUCCCCUCGCCUCUGCUCCCGGAAAGGCAGCGCCGCAGCUGCCGCUGAUCCACCUGGGGGAUGCCCGCGGGCCUCACCGAACCUGCCGGCGCCGCUCCCUCCGCGGGUGUGAGCGCCUCCGGGACCGUGACCAUGGCCCCCGCCGCGGCUCUGCCCGUCCGGGUGGAGAGCGCUCCGGUGGCCUUGGGCGCCGUGACUAAGGCUCCCGUCAGUGUCUGCGUGGAGUCGACGGCGUCCCAGCCCCUACGGUCCCCCGUGGGGACGCUGGUGACCAAAGUGGCUCCUGUCACUUCUCUUCCUAAAGUCAGCAGCGGCCCUCGGCUGCCUGCUCCUCAGAUAGUCGCGGUGAAAGCCCCCAACACCACAACCAUCCAGUUGCCUGCUAAUUUGCAGCUUCCUCCAGGAACAGUUUUGAUCAAAAGUAACAGUGGUCAGUUGAUGUUGGUAUCUCCCCAGCAAGCUGUAACAAGAGCCGAGACCACAAGUAACAUAACUUCAAGGCCACCUGUACCAGCGAAUACUCAGACAGUCAAAAUCUGUACCAUGCCGAAUUCCAGUUCACAGUUAAUCAAGAAAGUGGCAGUGGCACCUGUUAAAAAAGUGGCACAAAUAGCAACUACUGUGGUAACCACUGUUCCGAAGCCUUCCUCAGUACAAUCUGUGGCUGCACCAACCAACGUUGUCACAGUUACCCCUGUAAAGCCGUUGAAUACUGUAACUACCCUGAAGCCUUCAAGUUUGGGAGCAUCACCCGCCCCCUCAAAGGAGCCCAAUCUUAAAGCAGAGAACUCAGCAGCUGCUCAGACUGAUCUUUCUCCGACGAUGCUAGAAAAUGUGAAGAAAUGUAAGAACUUCCUUGCAAUGUUAAUAAAACUGGCAUGUAGUGGAUCACAGUCCCCAGAAAUGGGGCAGAAUGUGAAGAAGCUGGUGGAACAACUUUUGGAUGCAAAAAUUGAAGCAGAAGAAUUUACUAGACAACUGUAUGUUGAACUCAAGUCUUCACCUCAACCUCACCUAGUUCCUUUUCUUAAGAAAAGUGUGAUUGCCUUACGACAACUCAUGCCUAACUCCCAGAGCUUUAUCCAGCAGUGUGUUCAGCAGACUUCUAGCGAGAUAGUCAUUGCUACUUGUACCACAACAGUAACAACUUCUCCUGUGGUGACAACCACAGUUUCCUCAAUCCAGUCUGAAAAACCUGUGGUUGUUUCUGGAGCAACACCACCCAAAACUGUGUCAGUGCAAACUCUGAAUCCACUUGCUGUUCCGGGGGGAGCCAAAACUGGAGUUGUGACUCUUCAUUCUGUGGGUCCAGCUGCUGGACCAGGAGGAACAACAGCUGGAACCGUUUUGCUUCAGACUCCAAAACCGCUUGUGACAUCUAUACAAAACACAGUUACAGCAGUCUCCCUUCAGCCUGAAAAGCCAGUUGUUUCGGGGGGGGCAGUAACACUGGCCCUUCCCUCAGUAACUUUUGGAGAAACUUCAGCAGCAGCUAUUUGUCUUCCGUCCGUGAAACCUGUUGUUACUUCUGCUGGGACCACAUCUGACAAGCCUGUCAUUGGCGCUCCAGUCCAAAUCAAACUUGCACAGCCGGGCCCCAUCCUUUCACAGCCAGCUGGUCUUCCACAGGCAGUGAAAGUCAAACAACUAGUAGUCCAGCAGCCUUCAGGAGGCAUUGCAAAACAAGUGACCACACUUUCCCAUUCCUCAGCAUUGACCAUUCAGAAAUCUGGACAGAAGAAGAUGCCUGUGAGCACUGCAAUACCUACCAGUCAGUUUCCUCCAGCUUCCAUUCUAAAGCAAAUUACCCUGCCAGGAAAUAAAAUUCUGUCACUUCAAGCAUCUCCUGUUCAGAAUAAUAAGAUAAAAGAGAAUGGAACAACAUCCUUCAGAGAUGAAGAUGACAUCAAUGAUGUGACUUCCAUGGCAGGGGUGAACCUCAAUGAAGAAAAUGCCUGCAUCAUAGCAACAAACUCUGAAUUGGUUGGCACACUCAUUCAAUCAUGUAAAGAUGAACCAUUUCUUUUCAUUGGAGCUCUACAAAAGAGAAUUUUAGACAUUGGUAAAAAGCAUGACAUUACGGAACUUAACUCUGAUGCUGUGAACUUGAUCUCCCAUGCAACACAGGAGCGAUUACGAGGCCUUCUAGAAAAACUGACUACAAUUGCUCAGCAUCGAAUGACAACUUACAAGGCAAGUGAAAAUUACAUCCUGUCUAGUGAUACCAGGUCACAGCUCAAAUUUCUUGAAAAGCUGGAUCAAUUAGAGAAGCAGAGAAAGGAUUUAGAAGAAAGAGAAAUGUUACUUAAGGCAGCCAAGAGUCGUUCCAAUAAAGAAGAUCCAGAACAGCUGAGAUUAAAGCAGAAAGCCAAAGAGUUACAACAGUUGGAGCUCGCACAGAUACAGCACAGAGAUGCUAAUCUCACAGCUCUUGCAGCUAUUGGACCAAGGAAGAAGAGACCACUAGAAUCUGGGUCUGGAAGUGAGGGCUUAAGAGACAACCUUCUUGUUUCUGGGACAUCCAGCCUGACAGCCACCAAACAGUUGCUUCGUCCAAGAAUCACAAGGAUCUGCCUUAGAGACUUGAUAUUCUGCAUGGAACAGGAAAGAGAGAUGAAGUACUCUCGAGCUCUGUACCUUGCCCUUCUGAAGUGACCACUCCACUCUCCAUCCAGAUCCUUGCUAUUUACUGCCAAAGAAGACAUAAAGAGCAUUGUUGCACUGUCUUGAAAUUUCAGUUUCUGGAAAAUAAUCACCAAUAGGGAAGACCAUUGUUUACAGUUAUAAACUUUUAUUAAAUCUUACUUAUACAUCCCAUGGGGUUCUUAAUGACUAGAAUUCAGCUUUGUCUUCUGAAACUUGGUUGUGAAAUACAGUUGACACAGAGGUAGGCAUUGCCUACCUGUGCAUUUAAUUACGGCCAGUUAAGGCCCUAUUUGUUACUACCUGCUUCAUUUGCCAAACUGUGAACAGGUGAGGUGUCUUCCCCUAAUACAGCCUGCACUGAGAUGCAGGGGAAAGAAAGGAAGGGUCACUACUUACCAAGGAAACUAUAUUUCAUCCAAUGCUAAACCAGUCUCAAAGUGUUAGGUUUUCUGGGCUGGAAUCAGAAGUUGCUUAGCUCAUUAUGACAGUUGCCUUCUGUAGUUGAAGCUAACAAGCCACAGAGGAGGGCCUGUGGUGACUUUGGUCGGCUGAGUCCCAGUGUUGUCAAAUCUGAGACAAACGGGGAUAGUUCGUGCUUGAGGUCACUAUUCUCUGGUUCAUAUGACCAUAUAUAUGCUGCUUCUGAUACCAAGAGAGGGGACUUCCUUGUCAGGGAAACCUUCAAAUUGAAGCUGCUGAUAUACCUCAUUGAAAAAUGGAAGAGGAAGAAAGUAUUGAAGGAAGGCUGGGGCAUUGCAUUCAAACUGAUGAGGGGAAAGUGAAAAUGAAAUCACAAAACAGGAAAUGUGCUGCAUCUGCCUAAGGGGGGCAGUGGUGGAAUUGGAGCUCCACAGCCACUGGUACAUGUUUUGUUGAGAGGAAAAAGAUCACAGCCCAACCAAAAAGGAAAAUGGCUCAAACAUUUCCAAAUUACAUUAUUUCAAAAGGAAGAAGUUAUUUUUUGUUUUGCGUAUUGUUUUAAAAAUCAAGGAUAGUUUUGUAAUAUCUUUUAGUUACCCUAAGUUUUAAGCAUCUUGUUGCAUUUAAAAAAUCCUAGUUGAUGAUUAGAAAUUUUUAACUGUAGGAUUCCGUUUUGGAUUCUGUUCUCAAAAGGUAAUGUCAGCAUCUCACUCUUGGAGAUCUUGGCUCUAAAUGUAUUAUGAGAAGCAGGUUAUAUAUUCCUCUGAGGAGGAAGCUGAUGUUUUGCAAAGCAAACUCUCUUUUUUUUUUUUAAUUCCACCUUUGUGGCACAUAGCUGGUGAAAAAUAAUAGCUGUAGUUAGACUCAACAUUCAGAAGGAAUGAGUAAAUCCUCCAAGAAGGUUUAAUAAAAGAAAAUGGGAAAGCUGUGCUUCUUAGAAAAAGAAUUCAGGGGGGAAAAAACACCUCACCAUGUUACUCUUCAUCCUGUUCUUCCCAUUGGGACUGUUAUGGCCAUAUUCUGUACUGUAGUAAGUUUUAAAUUGGCCACAUUUUUUGUUUCAGCAAGUUAUUAUGUAAAAUGCUAUAAAUUAUGUAUAUGUUAAGAGUACUUUAAGACGAGAUCUAUACCUAAAGUUGUUUUUGUAUAUUUAAAUGCUUAGCUUUAUUUUUUUGUAAAGUGCAGCAUACUCCCAUAUUUGUGUAUAAUCUUACUGAUCAGAUGUUUAAAAUUAUUUCAAAUACUUCAUUAAAAUAAUUAUUUUAUUAGAAGAA